AUAGCUUUAAACUUGACAAUUUAACAUUCAGCUGAAGUCAUUCUAAUGUCUGCUAUCAAGACAGAGCCGGAUAUGGACAUCCGCAUGUCAAAUGGUCUUGCCUCAUCCUCUAACAUAGUCGUGCCUGCGGGAUUGAGUGAGACCGAGAAACAAGUGUACAUAACCGCAGCCGAAUAUCCAGCUGGUGUCUCUGUUGGCGAUGUUACCAUCAAAAUUGGCUCUAUCCCAGCGAAAGAUGUCAUGGAUGGUAUUAACUCGUUAUCCAAAAAGAGCCUUUUAGAGUUUCAAAUGAUGGGAGAUACACCAUACGUCCGGGUUGUCCAGAUGAAAGAUUAUGCUAAAACCAGCGGGUUAGACAGUGAAUCCAAGUUGAUAUACAGUCACAUCAAAGAGGCCGGGAAUGAGGGCAUAUGGACCAAGGAUUUGAAGAAGCACACCAAUUUACAUCUUAACGUGGUCAAUCGUUGCCUGAAAGUACUAGAGCAAAAGCAGCUUGUAAAAGCAGUCAAGCACGUCAAGUGGCCGACGCGUAGAUUUUAUAUGUUGUAUGAACUUACUCCAUCCAGCGAAGUCACUGGUGGAGCUUGGUACACUGAUCAAGAGCUGGAUACGGAUUUCAUCGAUACUCUGGCCUCUGCAUGCUACAAAUAUAUAUAUUCCAGGAGUUUCCCAAGAGGUGAUAGGAAUGUCAUAUUUAAGGCAGAUUACGGUCACUACCCAUCAGCAGCCGAGGUCAAGCGAUUCAUACAUGAAAAGAGAAUUUCAUCUGUCGAAUUAUCAACUACAGAUAUAAUCUGUCUUUUGGACUUAUUGAUACACGACGAUAUGAUUGAAAAGAAAAUGCCAUUUGCAGGCUUCAUGGAUGAUGAGGGCGAUUCCGACAUGGAGAAUGAUAGUGGUGGUGUUGAAUGGGUAUACAAGGCUAUUAACAGGAACGUUACUUCUACCACAGCCAGUGAUGGUGGAAUUGAUGCUCUAUCUGAAGUCCCUUGUGGAAAAUGUCCAGUUUUCAAAUUCUGCACUGCAGACGGUCCCAUCUCUCCAUCCAAUUGCGAGUACUUCAACAAAUGGCUCAACUUUUAGUUGUUUCUACAAGUCCCUCCCCAUAAUGUAUAUAAUAGGUGCUAUGAUGAAAUAAAUGCUUUGAAAAAUUUGCAUACACUAUUUACCCAUC